AUGGUUGAAAGUUCAGCCACUACUACUACUACUACUACUACUACUACUACUACUACUACUACUACUACUACUACUACUACUACUACUACUACUACUACUACUACUACUACUACUACUACUACUACUACUACUACUACUACUACUACUACUACUACUACUACUACUACUACUACUACUACUACUACUACUACUACUACUACUACUACUACUACUACUACUACUACUACUACUACUACUACUACUACUACUACUACUACUACUACUACUACUACUACUACUACUACUACUACUACUACUACUACUACUACUACUACUACUACUACUACUACUACUACUACUACUACUACUACUACUACUACUACUACUACUACUACUACUACUACUACUACUACUACUACUACUACUACUACUACUACUACUACUACUUCGUAG